UGAAAGGUCGCGGCUGAAAACACCUGUCUGUUUGUCAUUAGUCCGUCAUUGUGCUUCAGACACACACACACACACACAUCAGUCGCUGUCUGGCCCCGCACGAGCCGAUCAUGUCGAAGCCGCAGCCCAUCAGCCCGAUGAAGAACUUCUUCGCCGGCGGCUUCGGGGGAGUGUGCCUAGUGUUCGCUGGACACCCGCUGGAUACCAUCAAAGUGCGAUUGCAGACGCAGCCCAAACCCCGUCCAGGGGAAUCUGCGCUUUACAGGGGGACGUUCGACUGCUGCAAGAAAACCCUGGCGAAAGAGGGUCUGCGAGGGCUCUAUAAGGGCAUGGCGGCCCCCAUCAUCGGAGUCACGCCCAUGUUCGCCGUCUGCUUCUUCGGGUUCGGCCUCGGGAAGAAGCUUCAGCAGAAAACACCAGACGACGCUCUGACGUAUCCGCAACUGUUCGCGGCCGGUAUGCUCUCAGGUGUUUUCACCACGGCCAUCAUGGCUCCAGGAGAGAGAAUCAAAUGCCUCCUGCAGAUCCAGGCGGCGACUGGAGAGGUGAAGUACUCGGGGCCGAUGGACUGUGUGAAGCAGCUGUACAGAGAGAACGGCCUCCGCAGCAUCUAUAAGGGAACGGCUCUGACGCUCAUGAGAGAUGUGCCGGCCAGUGGAAUGUACUUCAUGACGUACGAGUGGCUGAAGUACUCGCUCACGCCGGAGGGCAAGAGUCCAACGGAGCUCAGCAUUCCCAGCAUCCUCUUUGCCGGCGGGAUGGCGGGGAUCUUCAACUGGGCCGUGGCGAUUCCUCCCGACGUGCUGAAGUCCCGUUUCCAGACCGCUCCUGAAGGCAAGUAUCCGAACGGCUUCCGGGACGUCCUGAGAGAGCUGGUGCGUGAGGAGGGCAUCGGCUCGCUCUAUAAGGGCUUCAGUGCUGUGAUGCUCAGAGCGUUUCCAGCUAAUGCGGCCUGUUUUCUGGGCUUUGAAGUGGCCAUGAAGUUUCUGAACUGGAUCGCUCCAAAUCUGUGAUCCAGAACCAGAAGUGACACCAGAACGCGGCGUACGGAUCGGUCCCAGCAGAGCCACCCGACGGACUGUAGCACAUGUUAA